AUGACAGGGCUAUGGCAGUCCGUAAUUAAGGGCGUGUCCCCGCUGGGCUGCCUCGUCCUCGCCUGCGACCGCCUGGAUCAGCCUCUGGAGUUAAUCCGAGACGCCUGCGAGCAACUGGGCCUGGAACUGGGAACCAAUGUGCAUUUAGCCAUAAAUUGCGCGGCCCACGAGUUAAUGGACUACAAUAAAGGUCGAUACGAAGUGGUCAGUGGAAGCUGGAAGAGUCCGGACGAGAUGGUCGAUCUGUACGUGGACUUAGUCACCAGGCAUGGCGCCAUCAUGGCGUUAAUAGACCCGCUCAGGAAAGAGGACAGGCCGCAGUGGCGGGCGCUGGGAAGAGCUGUCGGCUCCAGAUGUCACCUGAUGGCGGAUAUGGCAUUGAGAUCAGGGAGCGACCUCCUGCAGGGCAGUAACCAUCCCGUCUGCAGCGGCCCCAUCCUCAAACUGACCGGUGAGACGACAGUGUCCGACCUGCUGGCGGCCGUGCGGCUGAUGGAAGGAGAGAAUCGUCUGACAGUUUUGGGGUGCUCGUCAGAGGAGUGUGCAGAGGACAGCGUGAUGGAUCUGGCCGUGGGUCUUGGUGUGAAGUUCAUCAAGGUGGGAGGUCUCCUGCGCGGCGAGAGGACGGCCAAAUACAACCGACUCCUGGCAAUAGAGGAGGAUCUGACGUGCGGUGGCAUGCUGGGUCGGCAGGAAGAGUUUGAAUUUCCCACUUUCUGGAACGACCUGGAAAUCCUGGACCCUCCAGAAGAAGCAAUGUGAAAGGGUUAAAACUCUCCAUCUCUGUUCAAUGUGACUGCAGGACAGGGGGAGGCGGAU